GCGUCGGAAGCGCCCCUCCCCGCUCAGGGGGCGGGGAAGGAAGAUGGCGGCGCCCAGCAGCCGGUGAGGGGCGAGGACACCGGGAAGCCCCGGGGCGGCCUAGCGUGUGCGUUAUGGCCGCAUCCCCGCACGCUCUCUCCUCACGCCUCCUGACAGGUUGGGUGGGAGGAUGCCUGCUGUCUCUAGAAGGAAGAGUUCUCCGAGACUCCCCUGACAGGUUCCUGCAUCUGUUCAGAAGUGUCAACAAGCACUGGGUUUCAUUCGAGCACUUCGCCUUCCUCAAGCGCACGUACAUCACACAACUGAACAGGAGCCUUAACCAGCGAGUAAAACCAAAGCCAGAGCCAGAGGCCUCCCCCUGCCUCGAAAAAGCGUCUCCAGGCCAGCCCAAUGCAGACAUCUGUGAGAUGAGACCCCUCUCGGCGCCACGUCUGUCUGUGUCCAGAAGGCCAAAGGGGAAGGAGGUGACCGAGCUAGAGCCUGACUUGCCACACGGAAGCACCGCGCGCACGGAAGACACAGGAGAAGAAAAGCAAUGGAAAGAGAUGAAGCUGCGUGUGGAGGACCUGCCGGGAGUCUUGGCCCGACUCUCCAAGAUCAAACUCACAGCUCUGGUUGUGAGCACCACUUCAGCCGGCUACGCCUUGGCCCCGGGACCCUUCGACUGGCCCUGCUUCCUGCUCACGUCGCUGGGAACAGGCCUUGCAUCCUGCGCCGCCAACUCCAUCAACCAGUUUUUUGAGGUGCCGUUUGACUCCAACAUGAAUCGAACGAAGAACAGGCCUCUGGUCCGUGGGCAGAUCAGCCCUCUGCUCGCCGUGUCCUUUGCCGCUUGCUGUGCCGUCCCGGGAGUUGCCCUUCUGACCUGGGGGGUGAAUCCCCUCACAGGAGCCCUGGGCGUCUUCAACAUCUUCCUGUACACCUGCUGUUACACGCCCCUGAAGAGAAUCAGCAUUGCCAACACGUGGGUCGGGGCCGUGGUCGGGGCCAUCCCCCCUGUCAUGGGCUGGACCGCAGCCACUGGCAGCCUCGACGCUGGAGCCUUUCUCCUGGGAGGGAUCCUCUACUCCUGGCAGUUCCCACAUUUCAACGCCCUGAGCUGGGGCCUCCGCGAAGACUACUCGCGGGGCGGCUACUGCAUGAUGUCCGUCACCCACCCGGGGCUGUGCCGGCGCGUGGCACUGCGCCACUGCCUCGCCCUCAUCGCACUCUCCACCGCGGCCCCGGUGCUGGACGUCACCACGUGGACCUUCCCCGUCAUCUCCCUGCCCAUCAACCUCUACAUCUCCUACCUCGGCUUCCGCUUCUACGCGGACGCGGACCGGAAGAGCUCACGGAAACUCUUCUUCUGCAGCCUGUGGCACCUGCCGCUGCUCCUGCUGCUCCUGCUCACGUGCAAGCGGCGGCAGCCCACAGGAUCGGAGGGGACAGCAGGGACAGCAGGGACCGCAGGCACGGGCGAGCUCCCGAGCUGAGGGCGCAUGGGCGGGUGGAGUGGGAGGCCCAGACAGAGCAGCGCCGCCAAGACGCACAAUCCUUUUCCUCUUUUGCUGUGAGGCGGGAGUAGUUUGAUGUCCUUGGAGCCACAGGACAAGAAAAACGGCUGGUAAAAUUGGUGCUGGGCAAUCACUUGACAGGCUUUUUUUCCCCCCAUGGCAAUGCCGGAAAUGCCCAAAUACA